CUUUCUACGUCGGCUUCUCUGUUGUGGUCGUAGCUUUCUGAAAUCUGUCUCAGCUAUGUCGGACGAGGAGCAUCACUUCGAGUCCAAAGCCGACGCCGGAGCUUCCAAGACCUACCCUCAGCAGGCUGGAACCAUCCGCAAGAACGGCCACAUCGUCAUCAAGGCUCGUCCCUGCAAGGUUGUGGAGGUUUCAACCUCGAAGACGGGAAAGCACGGUCAUGCUAAAUGUCACUUUGUCGCGAUCGAUAUCUUCACCGGCAAGAAGCUCGAGGAUAUUGUCCCCUCUUCCCACAACUGUGAUGUUCCCCAUGUCAACCGUACCGACUACCAGCUUAUUGACAUCUCCGAGGAUGGAUUCGUUAGUCUUCUGACUGAUAGCGGAGACACUAAGGAUGACCUCAGGCUUCCAACCGAUGAGAGUCUGCUCAAACAGAUAAAGGAUGGAUUCGAGGAGGGAAAGGACCUCAUCGUGUCGGUAAUGUCAGCAAUGGGGGAGGAACAGAUCUGCGGCCUGAAGGAUAUCGGUCCCAAGACUUAGAAGGCCUUUACCCUCUCAUUCCUCUUCCUGGGAGGGAGACUAUAUUAAGCCAGCAAGGAUGAAAACACUUUUGGGGAGACCUGUUUCAUUGGGUUCUUGUUGUUGGGGGAGAAGCUAUGAUGUUAAAAAACAGACCAAAGCUCUCUAUGCUCUUUUCUUGUAUCUGAACUGUGUGUGUUUUGUGUGAUUCACUUUAGACUUAUUUUGAUUGUUCUGCUUUCCUGUCUCUUUUUUAGGUCAUUCUGAAUUUGAGGGACAAAUCGAGCUUUGUUUAUUCUGAA